CACAGCGGAGCAGACGCCCUCCUAACAGCUCUCAUACAGGACUGCAGCAGGACUUUAAACAUUUGUUCAGGAUGAACAGAAAUCCACAGGAGGAAAUGGAGGAAAUCAAGGAAGAAGCAGCAGCUAACUAUGUUAAUGUACCAGCAUGCACUGUGGAUAAAGUGGCAGCUCAUCCAGACCAGAGGUUUCGUUUCUUCACUCAGACUUUUCUAGCAAUAGCAGUGUGUUGGCUGAUACUGUUGGUCAUCAUGGGCCUCCGUAUCUACUACCUGACUGCAGUAAAACAGGAGCUGGAGAUGGAGAGGAAGAACUUAACAGGACAAAUACAAAACAUGGAAACAAACUGGACCAAACCCAACAUCAGUCAAGCUUGUCAGAAGGGCUGGAGAGUCUUUGAGUCCAGCUGCUAUCUGUUUUAUGAUGCUGAUCCUCCUGAUCAGAAAACCUGGGAAGAAGCUCGAGAAGACUGCAGAGAACAGAGUUCAGAUUUGGUUGUUGUAGAUGAUGAAGAUGAAUGGGUAAUGAGGAAGCUGUGGGAGUUUAUAUGA